AUGGUGCCAGGUCUGAAGGUCUUUCUGUUCCUCAGCCUGAAUCUCUUGCAGGAGGUGAAAAGCUCCAUGGUUUCUCUGAACAACCAUGGAUAUGAGGGUGUGGUCAUUGCAAUUAACCCCAGUGUGCCAGAAGAUGAAAGACUCAUCCAAAGCAUAGAGGAAAUGGUAACUCAAGCCUCUACUUACCUGUUUGAAGCCACCAAAAGAAGAUUUUAUUUCAGGAAUGUAAGCAUUUUAGUCCCAAUGACCUGGAAGUCAAAAUCUGAGUACUUAACACCAAAACGAGAAUCAUAUGACAAAGCAGAAGUCAUAGUUGCUGAUCCUUAUCUGAAAUAUGGAAAUAAUCUCUACACACUUCAAUAUGGACAAUGUGGAGACAGAGAACAGUACAUACAUUUCACUCCAAACUUCCUACUGACUGAUAAUUUUCAUAUCUAUGGACCCCGAGGCAGAGUCUUUGUCCAUGAGUGGGCCCAUCUCCGGUGGGGAGUAUUUGAUGAGUAUAACAGAGACCGGCCCUUCUACAUGUCUGAAAAGAACACUAUUGAAGCAACAAGAUGUUCCACUCAUGUUUCUGGCAGAAUCAUGGUCAUGGAAUGUCAGGGAAGCAGCUGCAAAUCAAGGAAAUGCCGGCGAGAUUCAAAGACAGGACUGUAUGAGCCCAAAUGUACAUUUAUCCCAAACAAAGCCCAAGCUGCCAGGGACUCCAUAAUGUUCAUGCAAAGUCUUGAUUCUGUGAUUGAAUUUUGCACAGAAAAAACCCACAAUAGAGAAGCCCCAAACCUACAAAACAAAAUGUGCAAUUACAGAAGCACAUGGGAUGUAAUCAAGAAGUCUGCUGAUUUUCAGAAUUCCUCUCCCAUGAUAGGAACAGAAGCCCCGCCCAGACCUGCAUUUUCACUGCUGAAGUUCAAACAGCGGAUAGUCUGCUUGGUGCUAGAUAAAUCUGGAAGCAUGAAAUUUGGAAACCCUAUCUCUCAUCUCACCCGAAUGAACCAAGCAGCAGAGCUGUUCUUAAUUCAAAUUAUUGAAAAGGGAUCCUUGGUUGGCCUGGUCACAUUUGAUAGCACUGCUACAAUCCAAAACCUUCUAGCAAGAAUGACCAGUGAGAACUCCUACCUAGAGAUCAGUGCAAACCUGCCUCGACAAGUCGGGAAUGGAACUUCAAUUUGCAAUGGACUCAGAAGCGGAUUCCAGGCAAUUACCUCCAGUAACCAGAGGACUUCCGGCUCUGAGAUCAUAUUGCUGACAGAUGGGAAAGAUGGCCAGAUAAGUUCAUGCUUUGAGGAAGUCAAAAGCAGUGGUGCCGUCAUCCACACCAUCGCUCUGGGGCCUUCCGCUGCUAGAGAACUGGAGACCUUGUCCAGCAUGACAGGAGGGCUUCGCUUUUAUGCCAAUCACGAUGUAAAUGGCCUCAUGGAUGCUUUCAGCGAGAUUUCAUCUAGAAGUGGCAGCAUCUCUCAGCAGGCUGUGCAGUUGGAGAGCAAAGCCUUGAAUAUUAAAGGGAAGGAAUUGAUAAACGGUACAGUACUGGUGGAUAGUACCGUUGGCAAUGACACAUUCUUUGUUAUCACCUGGACAAUUCAAAAGCCAGAAAUUAUUCUUCAAGAUCCAAAAGGAAAAAAAUACACAACCUUAGAUUUCCAAGGUGAUGAUAAGCUAAAUAUUUUCUCUGUUCUGCUUCAAAUACCAGGCAUCGCGGAGACAGGGACUUGGACCUACAGCCUCUUUAAUAAGGCUGGCAAAUCUCAGUCGCUAGCCAUGACAGUGACCACUCGAGCAAGAAGUCCUACCACACCCCCAGUAAUUGUAACUGCUCACAUGAGUCAAAACACAGCACAGUACACUAGACCAAUGAUUGUGUAUGCACGAGUCAGCCAAGGGUUUCUGCCUGUUCUGGGAGCCAGUGUCACAGCCACUAUAGAAGCUGAAGGACAUCAAGUCACACUGGAGCUCUGGGACAACGGGGCAGGUGCUGAUACACUCAAAAAUGAUGGCGUCUACUCAAGAUAUUUUGCAGAGUACCAUGGAAAUGGGAGAUACAGCUUAAAAGUCAGGGUCACGGCAAGAAAAACCAUCACUAAAGUAAAUUUAAAACAACCAAACAAGGCUCUAAAUGUACCUGGCUAUGUUGAAAAUGGUAAGUAACAUUCAAACAGAAAUAUGUGUGGUUUUAGGUCUAAUGAAUACAACAAACAUCAAAAAUCAUAAUGGACUACUGAAAAUCCAGGCAUGUAAUUCCUUGUAAUCAUCUGAAUGUUUCAAAGUCAAACUCAGGUCAGUGGAGUUGUAGACCAUAUUUCUGCAUAUUUUGUUAAUACCCCUUCAAGUCAUCAUUCCAUUUACAUCGAUAAAGCUCACUCAGCAUCUUUAUGAUGCAGACUCUGUGCUAGGUGCUGGAGCUGCAAAUACAGAUAAUACAACUUGUGUCCUAAAAAAAUUUACAGGCAAGUGUUAGAUAUAGUUUAACUAAAAUGUACUGUUCCCUCAUCCAUUUCAAAAUUCUGUUAAAACAAGCUUUUCUUUCAAUAAACGUUUUACGUUUCAAUAUCUGCUGUUAAUCAACAUUAGCACUGAGUAGCUUCAAGAUCAACCUACAAAAACAGACAUGAAAACAUAGAAAGUUACUUUUUUUUUUGCGGGUGUGUAGAUACAAUUAUAUGGAAUCCACU